CCAUUUCGCUCCCAUUUACUGCUUGUACUGCUAGCUUACUGCUUCAACCCAUAAUCAGGGGUGCUCACUCAUGUCGCGUCCCUCCGUUGCCUCACCUGCCCUCUCUGGACCUAGACCUUUCUCCUGCUUCUUCUACUCACAUCUUCAUUAACUCGUAUCGUCACUAUAUCCUCGACUUGAAAUGCUCGACCGAAUCCCAUCUUUCAAUGCGUCCACUUCUCAUUCCCCAAUGCAGCUUAUCGCCGUCAUCCGAGAUUACAUCGUGUCUCUUCCAAAGUCUGACAGACUCAUUUUACCCUUUGUACCCAAAUGGGUCAAAUUAGGCUUUAUCCUCAUCAUCGCCCUCAACGUACAAUCAUUUCCCUUUGCUUGGCACGUGAGAUUAUGGAAACACGCGGUGUGGACUUAUUGGCAAGUAUGGACCAAAGGUCGAAAAGGGUUUUUGGAUGAGUAUCGAAGGAAAGUGGAGAAGAUGCCUAAUCUUCGUGAUGUCAGGGCGACUCAGAGUAGGAUGGUUUUUGUAGACGAUUGUGAUUACAAUUUUCAUCUAUCCAACAGUUGUUACGCGAAGAACGGUGAUGCGGUUCGUAUGCAAUAUUGUAUCGAUUCAUUUGGUCCUGUUUUCACCCCAGGUGUAUACAUAGCUAUGGGCGCCUCGCACUAUAUAUUCUUCAAAGAGAUCCCAUUCUUGUCCAAUUACACCAUGGAAGCUAGGGUAGUCGGCUGGGGUGAGAAGUGGAUGUACGUCCUCACAGAAUUCAUCAUUCAUCCCAAGAAAUCCAAAAAGUCUCGAACCAUUGGGGCCCCUCCCGCCAAUGCAGACACCAAAGCCGAAGUUCCUGCUUUGGCCGUGCCCAACUUGGCCUCGUCUUCGGGAACUUCAUCGGAAGGCCCGUCGGGCACCAACACUCCUCAGAACGGGCCUGCGGGCCUAGUCAAGAAGGCCUUCUACGACGCACCGCCCGUGAGAGCAGAUGGCGGUGUGGUAUGCUGCAUCACGAUGCACGAAUAUUGCUUCAAAAUUGGCCGGGUGACGGUUCCUCCUCGAAUCGCCAUGUACUUUGCCCAGCGUUCCCCCUCUCCUCAGGCCAAAGAUCACGCUCGUGAUCUCUUACUCAAGAGCAAAGACCGUGGUGUCAAGUGGCUCCGCGGAGGAUGGAAAGAAGAACCUAACGCGGAUGAACUGGGAAAGGAUGUUGGAGGUGAAUGGGCAGAGGUCGGAAGGGAGAACAUGGAACGUGUCUUAUCUGGACUGAGCGCGACGUGGAGUAGCUAAAGUGUAGUGUAAUCAGUCCAAGUGAUCACGAGUGAGUUAGAUCUAUAAAGUGUCGAUGCAUAGAUGUUGUUUU